AUGAGUUUCAAGCAUACUAAUAAUGGACUGAUUGAUCAUCCACAAAAUUCGAAUAUUCAAAACUGUCAAGGAUGGUAUCCAUGUCUUUCUAGUCAAGAUGAAUCUAUACAAGAGCUACAACAUAAACAAAAGAAGAAAAGUCGCGGAAAUCGAAAACUACAACGUUAUCGUCGAAACCUUCGCAAGCAAGGUAUGGAUCCAGAUACCGUUAUCCGCAUAACAGGUGCAUGGGUCGACAUUGACUCAGAAGAAAGUAGUAAAAUUAUGGAACAAAAUGUUGAUAAAACAAAUUCAACCGUUAAUCAGACAAUGUUUGAUGGAAUAGCAAUGGUAGAAAAAAACAAAACACACGCGAAUAUAUAUCAACAUGGACUAGUUUCACCAAAGCAACCAAAUUUAAAGCGUCUUAUACGUACAAAUAAAGUUAAUUCCUUAAUAUCCGUUCAAUCGUCGAAGAAAACAUCGAUAAGUAACAAUAGUUCGAUCGAUUAUACAAAUGUACCAGAUCAAAUCUUUUUUCAUAUGUUGUCAACAGCCUUUAAUGAUGUAGAUAAACUUGGUCAUUUUUUAAAUGAAAAAGAGAAGCUCGAAUUUAUUCGUGAAUAUACGAAUUUGAUUGAUCGAUUAUGUUAUGUGAAAUUACAAGAACAACAAUGGAAUUAUUAUUAUCAUAUUGGUAUGACACAGAAUAUUUGGUCUGGUCAUAUUUCAAAACCAUUGAGUAAGAAAAAUUCUAUAUGUAACACAUAUGGUAGAUCAAAAUUAUUUAUCGAACAAUAUCGUAAGAAAUUUCCAAAACAAUUAUCACAAGCACAGUAUAGAAUUGAAUUGUUUGAAAAAGAAAUACUUUUCAAGUCUGCACAACAUAUCGAUUGUUCAUCCGAAAUAAAAAUGUUAUCUUUCAUUAUUAAUACAUUUGUGUAUGAAAAACAACAGAGAUUACGAGAAGAAUUUGAAUACAAAAGACAAAUGUUGAUUUUGGAUGCAAUUGAUCAUCGUUUAAUGCAAGCAUUUUAUAAUUUGAAACCAAAUAGCUCACAGAUUGCUUCAGCAAGACGUAUUUGGCGAGUAACAACAAAACAUAUAAUAAUGAAUGAACAGAUUGCUAUACUGAAACAGCGUCUUAUAUCAAAACAACCACUACCAGCAUCAACUCUUUUCGAUCAUACGAUAAAUCGUAUUGAAGUAUCCCUUACACAACCAGACAAUGUUAUGUUACUAGAUGAUAAAUCAACCAUUGUUUCACCAUCUCAAUUUGAAACAAUGAAUCAGUUGAAACAUAAUAUUAUAAAUCAAAGUAUUAUAACUGCUCGCGAAAUGGCAGAGAAUUCUGCUCAAAUUAUUCUGGAUCAAAUGCAGAACUUAUUAUCCGUCAAACAUGAUGAUCAACACUUACAUGAAGUACACAUCACUGUCGUUAAUGCUAUUGAAGAUCGUCGAUUUCACAUGAUGCAACGUGGCAAUUACAUGAUAAAAGAAAAGUUAGCAACAUAUUUAAGGCAAAAUUAA